AUGGUAGCGGAGCCAGUUCAAGCAACGCUUGAGACUUUGAGCUAUUUCUACAGGAAGUCGUCAGACUUCCUUUCUUCACUGCAGGAGAAAUUGUUUGAAGGCAACUCGUUAGAUAAGCUCACCAGUCUAUAUCCCUUUGACAUAGCCAACGAUGACAGUCUAGUCAGUAUCACAAGAGGUCGAAGCCAGACAUCGUGGCUCAGUAGAUGUUUUGACCAGAAAUGGAAGAGUUUGACCAUUUUGACUAUUGGUCUAGGCACUGUAGGCUCCAUUUGGUACUACCAUAAGAAUUAUGGAUCACAGUCCAUAUCUUCACGUACUCAUAAACAGAACCAUAGCAGUGUCAAUACAAGGAGAGUUCCAAAACUUUCCAAUGGUGCCAGGCGAGACAUAGUACUAGUUGUUGGUUCUCCUACCGAACCUUUAACUAGACUUAUAGCUCUUGAUUUUGAGAAAAGAGGCUUCAUUGUAUAUUUGACCAUUCUCGAUGAAAAAGACUUCAAGUACGUCGAAUCGAACCCCAUAACAGAUGAUAUCAACUACUUGAACUUGAACGAUACUUUAAGCUAUGAAUCACAAUUGAGCAAGUUCCAGCAGUUGUUGGAGUUACCUGUAAUUCCAUUCCCUGGAGCUGAGCCUCAUAACUUACGAUUGGUAGGAGUCGUAUUUGCUCCUAGUCUUUUUUUCCCUAUUGGUCCCAUAGAAAACAUCACCGUAGCCACUUGGACAAAGUUCACUGAUAGGGAGUUGCUCUACCUCAAGUUGUUCUCUUCUGGAUUGAUAAGUCUAAUCAGAAACCAGCAGAGUAAAACAAUUUUGAUUAGCACCAAUAUCGUCAGUUCCUUGGAGAUCCCCUACCAUGCUCCAGAGACAUUGUUCCAGAAUCACUUGAAACAUUUGUUCACUACUUUGACAAGGGAAGUCCGCCAGCAUGGGUUGUCUGUAACCCAGGUAAGGUUGGGAAAUUUACACCUCUCAAACCAACGUAGCAAUUCUGGCUCGCGAAUCGCCAAUCUCGUAAACUCAGAGAUUAGAAGCUGGGAUGAAGAUAUGAGGUCCUUGUAUGCUGAUAGUUUUUCCAAAGCCCAGUAUAAGGCUAACCCUAUCAAAUCUACUGGGGGAAGAGGUACGAGCCUUCGAGAAUUGUACCAUAUUUUGUUUGACUUGCUCUAUUCCAAGGGAAGAAGUCCCGGAAUAGUGUACUGUGGAACUGGAGCAAGAGCGUAUGCCAUCAUUUCCAAGUUAUUGCCAGAGUCCUGGUUGGAAUGGAUCUUGAGAUAG